GCCGGUGCCAGUCUCGGUGUCGGUGCCAGGUCAGGGCUGGGCCGGUGCCGGGGCAGGGCCGGGCCGCCGCCGCUGCCAUGAGCGUCCCGCAGCCCCGAUUUCUUGAAACCUAUAACAGUCUUAAAGACAAACACCUGGUUGGAUAUUUCAGCAAUGCCAGGAUAAGACGACAUCUUCAGAAAUCAGGACUGAUCUCAAGGAGUGGAAGAAUAAUACCUGAGAAAGAAUACCGUCUGAAUGCCAUGAGGAGGGACCACCAGAGACACGUCCUGGACUGCUUGGCUGAUGCCAUAUCUCAUAAGAUCCUUGACAUGGAGCGUCAUCAUCAGCGGGAGAUGAGAAGGAGGCUUGGAUAUUGUAUGAGGAACGACAGGAUGCCUCCAGUCAAGACGGAGCAAGUAAGAAGAUCAGUGGAAGAAAUCAUCCAUAUGCACUGCCCACAUCCACCACUCGCUCCAAGGUGCCAUCAUCACGAGCUCUGUCCUUUAGUGUCUGGAGAACGAACGGGUCGCUCACGAUGGAGGGCACCUGGACUUGGAGUUGAUUAUGGUGGUGGACAUUAUCCUCAUCAGCACCGAACCAGGGAGCCUGCCCCCUCUAAGGUGAGUUCCUUGCGACCAAAUACAGCUCCAGGAAAUAUGCAGCCGUCCCCUCACCUCCAGCCCCCUCCCGGCUGGGCUGCACCAAGGUCUGUACCAAAGGCUUCCAAACAGAAGUGCCAUGCACUGGAACAUGACCAGCAGUUUGCCCGUGGGGGGCACAGGAACGAGUUGAGGCUGAUGAAUCCAGCGGAGUACAUGGCUGGGAUGUCGCCCUAUCGGCUCCCCGUUGUCAACCGCUGCCUGGUGCUGGUGCCGCCACCCCGCGCGCGCAGGAGGCGCCGCCGGGGCCUCGCGCUCCGGCCAGAGCCCUCCACAGGGAGACGGUUCUACCCCACCACUGCAUUCAAUGAACAGGUUUUGAUCAGGAAUACCAGAGGGUACCCCAAGUCCCCGUUAUGCAGCAACGCCUUUGUCACCAUGGUCUACCGAGGAAAGAGUAAGCACGUGUCUCUCCGUGACUACAAGGAUGAAAUCAAAGUCUACCAGCAACACUGUGGAACAGAAAACAUUUGUGUCUACAGGGGCGAGCUCUUGGAAGGAGAUACCUUCCAGUUCACCUCCAAGAGGCACCUGGGUUUCCCGUUCAGCCUCACCUUUUAUCUCAACGGGCUGCAAGUUGAGAGGCUGAGCUCUUGCUGUGAGUACAGAUAUCAGAGGUGUUCCCAGCUGCGAGGCACAAACAGCUACUUCAGGGUUCUGCACGUGACCGGGGCACCUCCUUGCUACAGGUGCAUUGCUGCCAUGGGUCUGGACAAAAAGCUAUCCCCUCCCAAGAAGAGGAGGACGAGGUGCCAUCACAAGCACGUGUGUUGCUGGGGACACGCUGUGCACUGUCACCCAUGUGAGAACAGCAUUGAGCAGAAAUCAACGGAAGGUCCAGUGUCAGUCGUCGCACCGGCUCAUGGAGCAAGCGUGGAAACUGUGGAGGAGACACUGGAGGAGUCCAGCGAAGAAGACGUGGAAAACCAGUAUAGUCAGGAGAGCGAAGAGAGCCAGACAGCCACCAGCAGUAGUGAUUAUGAUGAAGAUUUUGAACCAGAUGAAGAAGUUAAUGAAGAGGGACAGACUGGUGAUCAAAUGAAUGGAAUGUCAGAGCCAUCCUCAGAUGAUAAAAACCGUAAUUUAGACUGUGGAAAGGAGAGUGAAACCUCAUCCCAGAAGGCACUGCAGGCUUCUGACAGCGAGAAAGAUGAAGAGAGGAGGCCUGCAGACUCUCUCUCACCCACGAGCGCCCAGUGCAGCGCUGAGCCUGACACGAUGACAGACAACGUGAAUGGCAAAGAGGACUGCAACAUCAGAAGUACAUCUGAUAGUGCAGCACACGCACACUAUGGAAAUGAGAAUGGGGAGAAGAAACUGCUCAGAAGGGAGGAAAAUCAGGAGACUUCCGCACUGGAAAAGAAAGGGAUAGAUGAAGCAGAAGAGGCAAACCCAGAAGCUCUAACAAGGGAAGAUACUAGAAAUUUUCAUGAAAACAUAAUGGCAAUGCAGCAUCACGGUCCUGAGGUUAAUGGAGAAAUCAAACAGACUGAAUUGGGAGAAGGUGACAUGAAUGAGGAGGAGAAAUGUCCUCCAGUGCCUUGGGAAAGCAGGGUAUUGAACGUGGAGGAUGGCAAGGAAGAGUCUCCUUGGUGUGAGGAAGGAGGUGUUUUUGAAGAUUCCAGACCAGUCCAGGAGGAAAUAGCAAAAGCAACUGGAAAUGAUCAUCCUGUCAAUUCUGACCCUGAACCUGGUGAUUUGUGUGUCAAUGAGGAAGAAAAGAAUGCAGCAAAUACAGAGCAUGAUGCCAGUGGAGCACCAGACGGAAGUUUCUUGGCGGAAGGGAAGAGAAGCCCUGAUGUGCAAGAGGCAGCAGGACGAGCAGCACAGGGGCAGGGGCCAGGGCCGGGACAAGCCCCGGAGCAGAACGGUGCUGCCGAGGGAGGAGCUGGCGGCGGAGAGGCCGGAGGAGAAGCUGCACGGACGGGGCGUUCGCUGCCCCGGGCAGGCACGGGGGCUGCGCUGGAGCGACCCGCACCCGGGGAAGGCGCCGUGGCAGAGGAGCACCCCGAAGGAAAGGGAGCAGGGGAGGCAGUGAAGUUGGGCACAGAGGUGUCACCUGGGCAGCAGGAGGUGCUGGUGGAGGGGAUGGAGAGAGAGGUGGCGCUGGGAAAGCCAGCAGCUGGGGCAGAGGGGCCAGCUGGGGCACUGCCAGGAUGGGAGGCAGACGCAGCCCUGCCCCGGGGGCAGGAGGGAGCUGCGGGAAUCACUGAGGAGGAGGAGGACGCUGCAGAGGAAGGCCUGAAAGGAGCAGUAGGGCCGCCAGGAGAGGAGGAGGUGGGUGAGCCGGUGCCCGAGGCAGGGCGGUGCCUGGGGCAGGGAGGCUCUGCGGGGAAGGACGCUGCGGUGGGUGCCACAGCGGGAGAGGAGGCUGCGGAGGAUGCUGACGUGGCAGCAGAUGGGAUUGCCAGAGCUGUCGGCCCUGAAGGAGAACAGGCUGUUAAAGAAGAUAUUUCCGAGGGACAAGGGGCUGUGGGAAAGCCUGGGGCUCUCUGGGGAGCACUGGGAGAUAUGGAAACAGGAGAGGCAGUGCCUGCAGGGGAAGGGUUUGUAAAGCCAAGUGAGUUUUCCCAGCUGAAAGCGUCCGGGGAAGAGUGGAUGGAGAUGGGGAAAGCUGUCACAGGAGCAGCAGCACUUGAGAGUGCCCAGGCACGGGAGGUGGGAGGGAACGCCCUCCGGAGAGUGGAGGACACGAUGGAAGAGUCUGUGCAGCCUGGCAAGGGUCCUGUACUGGAGGUGGCAGCUGCGUUAGGGGCACCGGGGAGUGCUCGGGGCGAUCCUGGCACUGAAGGGUCGGUACAGGUGGAGGAGACGCCGGCAGCACAGCAGGAGGAGGGUGCGGCAGAAGCACUUCGGAGCGGAGACCCGUCUGAGGGCAGCAGAGCAGAGACAGAGAGAGCAGGGAGCGGGAAAGCCGGAGCAGAGGCGGUGGGAGGGUCUGCAGGGGCGGCCGGAGCGGGCCCGGGAGGUGAAGAGGCCACAGAGAGAGCAGCAGGUUCAGAAGAGCCGGCAGCUGGGACAGAGAGACGGCUGGGCUGUGGAGAGCUGGGAGGGAAGGGGAGGUCUCCGGGACGGGGGGAGGCGGGCGAGGAGGCGCUGCCGCCCCCGGGGCUGUGCGGGCCCCGGGCAGGGGAGCCGGGGCUGGUGGCCAUCGCUGUGCUGGGCGGCCAGGGGCUGCAGUGGCACGGGAGGGGGCGAUAG